AUGAUCCCGGUCCCCACCCAGCAAAACAAUGGCUCGAGUUCGUCGUCACAGUCUGUGGCCAGGAUGAUAGCUAGUUCUAUUCUGGACAACGAUGGUAUUACUCUUCUGAAUCAAAUUCAUGAAAUUCUGGCUACAAAGGCGCCCGAAGUCAUUCAGCUGUUGGACAAAUUUUUGGGUAAGCUGCCUCUGCUGGCGAAGGAUUUAGUUGAAAGUGACAAGAGAGAGAGGUCAGUUGUUUUUUACGGCAUACCAGAGGCUGAAGGAAGUCUGUCUCCGUCUUUGCGUCAAGCACAUACGGAGAAGUACAUUUCACGCAUCUUGGAUACCCUCGACAUCGAGACCCGCCCUGUAGAAGUUUACAGGAUGGGCCGGGGUGUGGAGGGGAAACCACGGGUUGUCAAGCUCGUAAACUACGUGCUAUAUCGGACUAUAAGGAGGUCUUUCGUGCGCAAAUCGAUGACUAUUGAUGAGCGCAACAAGGAACGCGAUCUCCGAAAAAGAGCUCGUGAGUUGAACGAAAAGGAGUUCAAUGGUAAAAAAAUUUACGUAGUGUACAGAGGAGAAAUUAUCAAAGUAAAAGAUAGGCUUGGUAAGGCAGGAGGAGGAGUCUGUGUUUUUUUGCACAAUAGGCUGUUGUUUGAUAGAGUCGUGUUCGAUUACAGCGCUCUUGGUUCUGAUGUCCUAUGCUUUGACAUUUGCCUACCAGCUUCCCGUAAGCAAAGAUUUCUCCUAGUUUAUCGCCCGCCCAGAUCUACAUCGUUUCAAGAUGAUCAAUUGAUUGAAAUCAUGUCAGACCUAGUUGCCUCUGUUCCCCACAACACAAUUGUCCUCGGGGAUUUCAAUCUUGAUAUUGACUGGCAUACCUCUACUACUUCUAACCUUGGGGCACAAAAGUUCCUUACCGUUUUUGAAAACCUCUCUUUAAAUCAGCAUGUCAACUUCCCCACCAGAGAAAACAGGAUCCUCGACCUCAUCUUGGCGGAUGCGCCCUGCAUCUCUGACGUCGCCUCACACGCUCCCCUAUCAACUUCGGACCACAAUAUUAUUUCCUUCAGAGUGUCCUCCCUUUGGCUGAAGAGUGAAAGCAUUCUGUAUAGAGAUUUCAAAGGCGCAGACAAAGAAAAAAUCAAGCAUGAGCUCGGAAAUCUAGACUGGAUGCAAAUCUUGAAUAAUUAUGUUGACAUCGAUGAUGUCUAUUGCCGAUUUGCUGCCAUUAUACGUGAUAUCAUUGAUCGCUAUGUCCCCCAGCGCAAACUUGAGAAGAAUGCGUCUGCUAGAUAUCCUAAGCAUAUCGUAAACCUUUUUGAGCAGCGCGACCGGCUCUUUCAACAACUGCCACAGCCGUCUACAAGUCCGUACUUCCUUGAGAUUUCGAAGAAUCUAGACCACCAUGUUAAGCGCUUUUUAGCCUAUAAAACAAGAAAGCUGGCGAAGGACGAUCAUAUGAAAAAGCUCUUUGACUACAUCAAAAAAGUCAAAGCAAGCUCUAGUGCACAUCAAAUUCUUGAAGACUCUGAAGGAAAAAAGUACUCAACUGAUCUCGAGAAAGCCGAAGCUCUUGCAAACUAUUUUGCC